AUGGCCGAAGGCGCGCAAAUGCCAGGAGCCUGCGUGAUCGAAGCAAAUCUAGAUGCUACUGGGACGGGAAUCCGCGCUUCAAUCUAUACCCUCUGCUUGGCUUCCGGCAUCCUCAAGACCAUCAUCCAGCUGACCACUUCCGAGAAGAACUAUACCGAGUUUUGCCAAGCCAUCAACUCGGCUCUGCAGCUCCAAGGCCUUGCCUUGCUCUGUACCGCCGUGUACCAGACUUUAAAAGGGCAGUUGACGCUGUUCCACGCCAUCUGCGUGCUGCACCUCCUCUCGCUGCUCGGCUUCGGUCUCGUGGCUCAGCGCCGGUACCAAGGCGGCGGCCUCAACCGGUGGCUUGUGAUGGCGGCGCUCCGGGUCAUCAUCGCCUGUGCCUUCACCACGCUCACCGCGUACAUCUGGGCAACCGCGCCGACGUUCGGGAACCAGCCGGACUGCAACGCGUCGACCGUCUACGUCGUCUUUGGCGUCAGCAUCCGAGCCACCAACGACAUCUUCCGUUACGUCAUCUUGGCGCUGAUGGCGUCUAUGGCUUUCGGCUGGGUUCUUAGUAUGGUAAUGUACGUCGUCCUCGCCCACUGCUGCUGCGGGGGCGCGAGGUCGGGCAUGAAGUGGGCGAAGCAGAACCUCAUCUCUGGGCAGGUGGUGCAGCUCUUCAUCCAGACGGGCAUCAAUGUCUACAUGAUUGUCACACUGGAACAGAUUGUCAAACGUAACAAUCUGUCGAAGGAGGAGAAGGAAUGGACUUUUGGACAGAUCCUGGCCAUCUUUGUACUACUUGGGGUCGUAGUCGAGGUGAUUAACAUCUUGCUUCUUAAGCUGGAUGGCGACCUUGAGGGGGUGCCGAUGCAGAACGAGAUUGAAUUGCGCCCGCAAGAAAAUGUAGGCGGCAGGCGGCUGCCCUAA